CUCCGUGCAACUCGCCGCCAACUCGCUCAAGUUGGAGCAGAGUUCGCCGGGCGCCUGCAUGGGGGCUCUGCAGCGCAGGCAGAAGCAGGGGCCCUCGCCACAGCGUCCCGAGGCCCGAUACAGGCUUGUCCUGAACCUGAAGCCCCCACCCCACGGAGCUGAGGUUUCUCCUCCCAUUGGAACAAAAGGGGGCUCUGGAGGAAGCCAUUUCAGCAGCUCAUCAGGACCUGUAGAAGAAGGGCUCAAAGCAACCAGCUCACCGCCCAUUCCUCCUUCUCUCAGAAGGAAGGACAGAAGGAAGGAAGGCAGGAGCAAAGCCCCUUCUACCAGCCAUGACACUAAACACCCAGCAGGAAGCAAAGACCCCCCUGCGCCGGCGAGCCAGCACUCCACUGUCCCUGUCCCCCAGGGGCCGCCAGCCUGGCCUCCUGAGCACAGCACCCUCCACUCAGUCGCAGCAUCCCCGGCUGGGCCAAUCAGCCUCCCUCAACCCUCCCACCCAGAAACCUUCGCCUGCCCCUGAAGACUGGUCCUCUGAAUCCAGCGACUCCGAAGGCUCCUGGGAGGCCCUGUACCGUGUGGUGCUGCUUGGAGAUCCCGGCGUGGGGAAGACCAGCCUGGCCAGCCUCUUUGCAGGGAAGCAAGAACGGGACCUCCAUGAACAGCUGGGAGUUGCAGAAGAUGUGUAUGAGAGGACCCUCACGGUGGAUGGAGAGGACACCACACUGGUGGUCGUGGACACCUGGGAGGCCGAGAGACUGGAUAAAAACUGGAGCCAGGAGUCGUGCCUGGAGGUGGGCAGUGCCUAUGUCAUCGUGUACUCCAUCGCUGACCGGGGCAGCUUUGAGAGCGCCUCUGAGCUCCGCAUUCAGCUGCGGCGCACACACCAGGCGGACCACGUGCCCAUCAUCCUCGUGGGCAACAAGGCAGACCUGGCCCGCUGCCGGGAAGUCUCCGUGGAAGAGGGCCGCGCCUGCGCCGUGGUGUUCGACUGUAAAUUCAUCGAGACGUCGGCCACCCUGCAGCACAACGUGGCCGAGCUCUUCGAGGGCGUGGUGCGCCAGCUGCGCUUGCGCCGCCGGGACAGCGCGGCCCGGGAGCCGCCCGCGCCGCGACGGCGGGUCAGCCUGGGCCAGCGCGCCCGCCGCCUCCUGGAGCGCCUGACGGCCCGCAGCGCCCGCCGCCGGGCACUUAAGGCCCGCUCCAAGUCUUGCCACAACCUGGCCGUGCUCUGAGGACACCUGCUUUUCUGGGGGUGCGGGUCACUGGCAGUGCAUUCUGGGCCCCACCGACGCCCCCGAGGGGCAGCAGCGCCGCUACCUAGCGCCGGCGUCGUGGGCCUUGCUUGCCCGCCGCGCUGAUGAGCGGAUCAUCGCCCACGGCCAGAGCCUCGGGACCCCCCUGCUCCAGAGAAGCGGUGGACAGACAUAGGGCCGAAGCCCCAAGCUGAGCACAAAGUAGGGUUUUUUAUGUGGUGGAUGUCAUUUUGUAAAAAUUUCCUUGUCCCUGGGGUCUGGCCACCCCCCAGAAACCCCACCAGACCAGAAGGAUGUCCCUUCUGAAUGCCCAGACCUCUCUGGGAGUCUUCCAGGGUGUCCUCCUCCUGCCCUCCCGUCUACACUGGCUGCAGACUGGUUUAGCCUGGUGGCCUGGGUGUCAGGGCCAAUCAAUAAAGUAAUUGGAUCAUUUGUGUUCUCAGGCUCUUCUCCCAAUCACUCCCAAUUACAGUUCCUGCCCCAGUUCUUUGAGAGAGACAGUGAAUCACAACCACAGCUCACUGUGAUGACCUGCUAUCUUCUCAUUAACCCAUUUUUUAGAUUGUAAAUUCACAAAAUAUCUAGAAGGAAUCUCAGCAUUCACAAUGGCAAUAUAACCGCUGGUGUUAGGAGAUGGCUGUGUACCAAGCAGUCACUGUCACAACUAUUAGUUAAUCUUCACAACACCUGGGAGGAAGGUGUUACCACUAACCCCAUCUUAGUAAUAAGGAAACCGAGGCACAGGACAGUGAAGGCUCAUGCCCAAGAUGUUACAAAACGCUACAGAAUCUUGGGGAGUUGGACUUAAAAACGGAAUGUGGCACACGAUUUAAAGGAGGGGGCAUAACUCCAUGAAAUCCAGUCUAUUAAUCCCCAGGAUAAACCACAAUUUAGUCCAACUCACUUGUUUUCCAAAUGUGGAAACCGAAGCCUAGAGAGGGAAAGUGGGCACCCUGGGGUCACUCAGCCUCCCCUGGGUGUCCAUUUGGCUGUGCGGGAGGAAGGAGGGAGUGAGGCAUCCAGCCUGGCUGGGGACAGCAUCAGGUCAGGAGUUUCCAGCUGGAAGGGAAAGGGUGUCCCUACUUUGAGAGGAGAACAAGAUGCAGACCGUUUGGACCAUCGCAUCCCUGAUGUCUGACACCCCUGCCCCCCACACACACUGCCACCCACCACUCCCGCCCAGACACCUCCGCUGGUUGCUGAGAAAGGCCGCUCUGAGCGAGCCACAUCCUCCAACUGCCACUGCCCCCACCCCAGUCUUGCCAGCGGAGCACUGAUGGCACUUCUUGCUCCAUCCCAACCCCAGGCCAAGGAAGGGAAGAGGAGGAAGGUCUUUCCCCCACCCCAAGUUGUCUCCGGCCUGCGGUCGGUCGAGGGGAGGGGCUGUAUCUGUGGAAAGUUGGCAGAGGCAGCCGGCAGCCGGGAGAGUGGAAAAAAUGAUAUCAAACCCGGAAAAAUGCAGGCCGGAUGGAGGGCUGGAGUCGGCCCUGGGAGGUGAGAGGGAGGGAGACAAGGGGGGAAGGGAAGGCAUGGGCAAAGAAAGGAAGAAGGGCCAGGGAGAGAGUGCAGGAGCUGAUUUUAGAAAAAUGAGGACAAUCGCCUUCAUUCCCUCCUUUCUUGUCUACAAAUAUUUAUCCAGGGCCUGCUAAGUGCAGGGCACAGUGCCAGGCUCUGGGCGAUGCAGUGAACAGAAGGAUACUGGCCGCUCCCAGUAGCGCACAGCCUGGCGGGGGAAGCGGACUAGAAAACAAAUAAGUGGAUAAAAUAUUAAAGACUGAGAAGGGGCUGAAAAUUAGGGUGCUCAGAGAAGAUCCCGAAGGUAAUUCAAUCCAAUCCCCCUAUAUUCACAGAUGUGGAAACUGAGUCCAGAGCAGCACGGCAGAGUGGUUGAGGCCCUGGCCCCUGAACCAGGAGGUCUGUGGGUUCAAACCCUGCUCCCCUCCAUCUCUCUAUGCCUUAGUUUCCCCAUCUAUAAAAUAGGAUUCAUGACAGUUCCCUCCCUUAGGGUUGUUGUGAGGAUUAAAUUAUUUAAGAUGUAUAAAGUGCUUAGGAUAAUUCGUGUGUCUAGGAAGAUUGAAUAAAUGUUGGCUCCCACUAUCAUACCUUAAGGUCCUGGGGAAACCAGGGUUUGUUAUGGGUAAGAUGCUCUGAGACUAUGAUACCGACGGGUUUUAGGAAAAUCUCCUUCCCUCUCGAGCCUCAGUUUCUCCAUCUUUAAAACAAAGGGAUUGACUCUGAACUUGUAUCAUAUAUUUAUGUACUCACGUGUUUAUUCGCUGUCUCCCCAAAUGAUGGGAAGCUCUACGAGGGCAGGGCCCUCCCUGCGGCUCUGUCCCCACCACCUACAGCAGCACCUGGCUCAUAGUAGGUGCUCAGUAAAC